AAAGAGGCUGAAUGAAUUACCCACGACCACAAAGCUUAGAACUGGCUGAUCUGGGAUUCAAACCCAUGUCUAUUUGGCCCCAGACUUUCCCAUUUCACCAUGCUAGUGAAGCUGAGGUAACAGAGGCUCAGAGAAAAUUUUGUCCAAGAUCAAACAGAGAGCAAGUAGUGGAGGCAAGCUUGAAUCUCACUUCCUCUGACUUAAAAUUUCACUCAUGAAACUGUAUCAAGGCACUGAACUGGAUGCUGGGAACUUAAAGAUGACUAUGCAGCAGAUCCUACCCUUAGAUCACAGAGGCUAUAAACAGGAAGGCACUCCGCACGGAUAAGAUUGUGAAACAUGGCUGAGGAUAAAGGCAAGAGAGAUUCCGUUGGAAUGAGUAUGAAAGGAGGCCAGACAAACAACGGGUUUGUACAAAAUGAAGACAUCCUGGAGACGGACCCGGAGCCGGGCAGCCCAGAGGACGGCCCACAGCACAACGCCGUGGACACCUUUGGCCCUGCGGGGCCCGAGUGGAAGGAUGUCCGGCCCUACGCGGGGAUGCCCAAGGAGGUGCUGUUCCGCUUCUCGCGCCAGGCCCGCUACCGGGUGCCCCGGGAGGUCCUCUUCUGGCUCACCGUGGCUUCUGUGCUCGUGCUCAUUGCGGCCACCAUAGCCAUCAUUGCCGUCUCUCCGAAGUGCCUGGACUGGUGGCAGGCGGGGCCCAUGUACCGGAUCUACCCGAGGUCUUUCAAAGACAGCGACAAGGAUGGGAACGGAGAUCUAAAAGGUAUUCAAGAUAAGCUAGAUUACCUCACAACUUUAAAUAUAAAAACUGUUUGGAUCACUUCAUUUUAUAAAUCAUCCCUUAAAGAUUUCCGACAUGGUAUUGAAGAUUUCCGAGAAAUCGAUCCCAUUUUCGGAACAAUGAAAAAUUUUGAGAAUCUGGUUGCAGCCAUACAUGAUAAAGGUUUAAAAUUAAUCAUCGAUUUCAUACCAAACCACACCAGUGAUAAACAUGCUUGGUUUCAAUGGAGUCGGAACCGGACAGGGAAAUAUACUGAUUAUUAUAUCUGGCAUGACUGUACCCGUGAAAAUGGCAAAACCAUACCACCCAACAACUGGUUAAGUGUAUAUGGAAACUCCAGUUGGCACUUUGAUGAAGUACGAAACCAAUGCUAUUUCCAUCAGUUUAUGAAAGAGCAACCUGAUUUAAAUUUCCGUAAUCCUGAUGUUCAAGAAGAAAUAAAAGAAAUUAUACAGUUUUGGCUCUCAAAGGGUGUCGAUGGCUUUAGCUUCGAUGCUGUUCAAUUUCUUCUAGAAGCAAAGCAUCUGAGAGACGAGGCCCAAGUGAAUAAGACCCAAAUCCCGGACACAGUCACUCACUACUCGGAGCUGUACCAUGACUUCACCACCACACAGGUGGGAAUGCACGACAUUGUCCGCAGCUUCCGGCAGACAAUGGACCAAUACAGCAGGGAGCCUGGGAGAUACAGGUUCAUGGGGACUGAAGCCCAUGGAGAAAACAUUGCCAAGACCAUGAUGUACUAUGGUCUGCCUUUUAUCCAAGAAGCAGAUUUUCCCUUCAACAGUUACUUCGGUAAACUAGACAUGCCUUCUGGGAACAGUGUGUUUGAGGUUAUCACAUCGUGGAUGGAAAACAUGCCAGAAGAAAAAUGGCCUAAUUGGAUGACUGGUGGACCAGACAAUGACCGGCUGACUUCUCGUCUGGGGAAACAAUAUGUUAACAUCAUGAACAUGCUUGUGUUCACACUGCCUGGAACUCCCAUAACUUACUACGGGGAAGAAAUAGGAAUGAGAAAUAUUUUAGCCACAAAUCUCAAUGAAACCUAUGAUGUUGAUACUCUUCUCUCAAAGUCACCAAUGCAGUGGGACAAUAGCUCAAAUGCUGGUUUUUCUGAAGGCAAUCACACCUGGUUACCCACCAGUUCAGAUUACCACACUGUGAAUGUUGAUGUCCAAAAGACUCAGCCCAGAUCAGCACUGAAGUUAUAUCAAGAAUUAAGUUUGCUUCACGCCAAUGAGCUGCUCCUCAGCAGGGGCUGGUUUUGCUACUUGAGGAAUGACAACCACUUUGUUGUGUACACAAGAGAGCUGGACGGCACAGACAGAGUCUUCCUCAUGGUUCUGAAUUUUGGAGAAUUAUCAGUGCUAAAUCUAAAGGAAAUGAUUUCAGAUAUUCCCACAAGAGUAAGGAUAAGGUUAAGUACCAAUUCUGCCUACAAAGGCCGUGAAGUUGAUACACAUGCCAUUACACUGGACAAAGGAGAAGGACUCAUCCUUGAAUACAACACGAGGAAUCUCCUUCAUCACCAAACAGCUUUCCAAGACAGAUGUUUUGUUACCAACCGGGCAUGCUAUUCCAGUGUACUGAACAUACUGUACAGCUUGUGUUAGGCACCUCUGUGAAAGAGAUGGAGACGCUGGCAUU